AUGGAAGAGGGAAAUCACUCGGAGGUGACUGAGUUCAUUCUCUCAGGAUUGACAGACCGUCCGGAGCUGCAGGUCCCCCUGUUUCUGGUGUUCCUACUGAUUUAUGGUAUCACCCUGGUGGGGAAUGGGGGCAUGAUCUUGUUAAUCAGGAUUGAUCCCCGACUGCACACCCCCAUGUACUUUUUCCUCAGUUGUUUGUCUUUCUGUGACCUCUGCUAUUCCUCAACAAUUUCCCCUAAGAUGCUGCUGAAUUUCUUUGCCGAGAGGAAAAGCAUUUCUUACACGGCCUGUUCUGUGCAAAUGUAUCUCUUUGUCUCUUUUGCAGAUAUUGAGUGCCUCUUGCUGGCUGUGAUGGCAUAUGACCGUUAUAUGGCCAUCUGUAACCCGCUGCUCUAUACGGUCACUAUGUCCAGGCAGCUUUGUAACCGGCUGGUGGCUGGGGUGUGCGCUGUGGGGUUGGUGGAUUCAAUGAUACACACAUUUUGUAUAUUUCGGCUGUCGUUCUGCAGCUCCAACAUUAUCAGUCAUUUCUUCUGUGACAUUCCCCAACUGCUGGCACUCUCCUGUUCUGACACUCACAUCAAUGAGAUUGUGAUGUUUGCCUUCAUUGGCUGUAUUCUAGUGAGCAGCUUUGUGACUGUCCUCCUCUCCUAUUUCUAUAUCAUCUCCACCAUCCUGCAGAUCCGCUCUGCUGAGGGCCAGCGCAAAGCCUUCUCCACCUGCACUUUCCACUUGACUGCGGUGGUAAUAUUUUAUGGCAUCCAACUCUUCAUUUAUUUACGUCCCAUCUCCAGGUAUUCCAUGGACAUGGACAAAAUAGUCUCAGUGUUUUACACACUGGUUAUCCCCAUGUUGAACCCCCUCAUCUACAGCCUGAGGAACAUGGAAGUGAAGGAUGCCCUGAGGAAAGUAAUGAAUAAACUCCUAACCAAUUCUUGAAUCUGUUAACUCAAU